GGUUGUCUCCACCCUGGAGGGGGAAGAAGAGGAAGACGAGGCUGAUUUUCUCAAAUCAGAGAGCACAUCAGUUAAAAAUAUGCUGCUCAAGUCCAGCUCCGUGCCUCAGACCCCCAUCAUCUCUGCGACUGAAGACACCUCCAAAGGAAGCUCAGAAAAGCUCCCCCACAAAAAAAUAAUCAGGCAUAUUGUGGAGAAGCCGUGUCUCCAUGUGCUUUGUACCCCUGUUUCUGAGGAGUUUCUGGACCAGAAUGUGGUGUUUUUUCUCAGAAAUACAAAAGAGACAGUGCUGGAAGCUACGGACAUGAAAGAGGCCAUGGAGCUCACGCCCGAGACGCUGGAAUAUGGGAUCAUAAACAAGAACGUGCUCGGCUUCCUGAAGGACAUCGUGUGCCAUGUGUUUCUGCCAGCCCUGUCCUUCAACCAGCACAAGGAAGCAAGCAUGGGACUGCCUUCCGGGGACAUGUUGGACUCUUCAGAGAAUGAGCAGGAAUUGUAUGCCGUGCCUGGGGAGACAGUGGAGUAUCACAGCAUUCAGCUAAUACGGGAUGAAUUUCUAAUGAACCUCCAGAAAUUCGCAAACAAUAUUCAGAGAACAAUGCAGCAACUUGAGGGCGAGAUCAAACUGGAGAUGCCGAGCAUCAGUGUGGACCAGGAGGUGUCAGCCCUGGCCGCAGACGCAGAGACCGUGGAGACCCUGGAGCAGUGUGUGAUCAAUUGGCUGAACCAGAUCUCCUCGGCGGUGGAGGAGCAGCUGAAGAAGACCCCCCAGGGGAACGGCCCUCUAGCUGAAAUUGAAUUCUGGCGAGAACGCAACGCAACCCUGAGCGCACUGCACGAGCAGACCAAGCUCCCCGUGGUGAGGAAGGUGCUGGAGGUGAUCAAGGAAGCGGACUCCAUGGUGGUGGCCAACCUGCAGUCAGUCUUAACCAGCCUGUUCAAGUUUCACAUGGAGGCCUCAGACAACGUGCGGUUCCUCUCCACUGUGGAGCGCCACUUCAAGAACAUUACACAUGGCUCGAGCUUUCACGUUGUCUUGGAGACCAUCCCGUCGAUGAUGAGCGCCCUGCGGAUGGUGUGGACCAUCUCCCGGCACUACAACAAAGACGAGAGGAUGAUCCCGCUGAUGGAGCGUAUCGCCUGGGAGAUCGCCGAGAGAGUGUGCAAAGUGGUCAACCUGCGCACCUUGUUUAAAGAAAAUCGAGCGAGUGCACAGCACAAAACCUUGGAGGCCAAGAACACGCUCCUCACGUGGAAAAAGGCCUACUUUGACAUCAGGUCCAAGAUCGAGGCUUCGGGCAGAGAAGCUCGGUGGGAGUUUGAUAGGAAACGGCUAUUUGAGAGGACAGACUACAUGGCCACCAUCUGUCAGGAUCUCUACGACAUCCUACAGGUGGUGGAAGAAUUUUACAACAUAUUUGGUCCAGAACUGAAAGCGGUGACUGGGGACCCCAAGCGUAUCGACGACGUCCUCUGCAGGGUGGACAGUCUGGUCAGCCCAAUGGAGAGUCUGAACUUUGACCCCUUCAGCAUCAAGGCCUCCCAGUACUGGAAAUACGUCAUCGACGACUUCAGGAUCGAAGUUCUGAUCGACAUAGUCAACAAAAUCUUUGUCCAAAACCUCGAGAACCCUCCACUGUACAAGAACCACCCCCCAGUGGCAGGUGCCAUCUACUGGGAGCGCUCCCUGUUCUAUCGGAUCAAACACACCAUCCUCCGGUUCCAUGAGGUGGAGGAGAUCAUGGACACUGACCGAGGACAAGAGGUGAAACAAAAAUACCUGGAAGUGGGAAGGACGAUGAAGGACUACGAAGACAGGAAGUACGAGCAGUGGAAAGAUGCCACGGAGCAGAUCCUCCCGGUCCUCAUGAAAAAGAGUCUGCUGACCAAGACGUCCACCCUGAACGAGGAUACUGGGGUAGUCUCCGACAAGUCUGUCUUUGUAAUUAACUUCUCACCGACUCUCAAGGAGAUUAUUAAUGAAGCAAAAUACAUGGAGCAGCUGGGAUUCCCUGUCCCUGAACUAGCUAGGAAUGUCGCCCUCCAGGAAGACAAGUUUCUUAGGUACACAGAAGGGCUGCAGCGGAUGCUGGACCACUACCACAUGAUCAUAGGGACGCUGAAUGAGGCGGAGUCUCUUCUCCUUGAUGACCACUCCCAGGAAUUAGUGAGAGUGUUUAGAUCCGGAUAUAAGAGGUUAAACUGGAACUCACUAGGUAUUGCCGAUUACAUAACUCGGUGCAAACAGGCCAUCGGGAAAUUUGAGUCUCUUGUCCAUCAGAUUCAUAAGAACGCAGAUGACAUCUCUUCCAGGCUCACCUUAAUCGAGUCCGUAAAUCUCUUUAAAUAUCCAGCAGCGAAAAGCGAGGAGGAACUCCCAGGCGUGAAGGAGUUCUUUGAGCACAUCGACCUAGAGCGGGCCAAGGACAUGGACCACAUGGUCAGGUGGUACCUCGCCAUAGGGCCUCUGCUGACCAAAGUCGAGGGCCUGGUGGUCCAGACCAACACGGGCAUGGCCCCCAAGCUGGCCUCCUACUAUGAGUACUGGGAAAACAGGAUCUAUGAGGUCCUGACUAAGCUCAUUCUCAAGAAUUUGCAGUCUUUCAAUUCCUUAGUUCUUGGAAAUGUCCCUUUGUUCCAAACGGAAACCAUUCUGACUGCACCAGAAAUCAUCCUGCACCCCAACUCAACGGAGAUCGACAAAAUGUGUGUCCACUGUGUCAGGAACUGCGUGGAGGUCACCAAGCAUUUCGUCCGAUGGAUGAAUGGCAGCUGUAUAGAAUGCCCUCCUCAGAGGGGGGAGGAAGAAGAGCUUGUCGUCAUAAGCUUUUUCAGCGAUGUUUCUCAGAAUCCUCAGAUCAUUGAACAAGCUGUGAUGAUCCCCCAAAAUAUCCACAGGAUUCUGGUCAGUCUGAUGAAGUACCUACAGAAGUGGAAGCGGUAUCGACCUCUGUGGAAGUUGGACAAAGCCAUUGUGAUGGAGAAAUUUGCCUCCAAGAAACCUCCUUGCGUGGCCUAUGAUGAAAAGCUGCAGUUCUACUCCAAGAUCGCCUAUGAGGUCCUGCGACACCCCCUGAUUAAGGACGAGCACUGCAUCCGCCUGCAGCUGGAGCCUCUGGCAAGCACAGUGCAGGAGAACGCCAAGUCCUGGGUGACCUCGCUGGGCAAGCUUCUCAAUGACUCAGCCAAGGAGGAGCUCAACAAUCUCUACGAGGAGAUGGAGCUGCUGACCAAAAACCUGAAGAAGAGCCCCAACACCCUUGAAGAUCUUAAGUUUGUUCUGGCAACAAUCGCAGAAAUCAGGAGCAAGUCUCUAGUCAUGGAGCUGCGGUACCGGGAUGUCCAGGAGCGCUACCGUACCAUGGCCAUCUACAACCUCUUUCCUUCUGAUACGGAGAAAGAACUGGUGGACAAGAUUGAGAGCAUGUGGCUAAACCUGUUCAAUGACUCGCUGAAUGUGGAGCAUGCCCUUGGCGGCAUAAAGAGAACUUUCACAGAGAUCACCCGAGGUGAGAUACUGAACUUCAGACAGCAGAUAGAGGACUUUGCAAAGCACUUCUAUCUCGAAGGCCCUGGCUCUGUUGGUGAAGAUCUUGAUAAAGGUAUAGAACAUUUAGCCACUUACGAGAAAGACCUGGCAAAGCAUGAGAAGAACCGCCAAGAGCUGGCCAAUGCCGAGAAGCUCUUUGACCUCCCGAUCACAAUGUACCCAGAGCUGCUCAAGGUGCAGAAGGAGAUGAAUGGGCUAAGGCAGAUCUACGACCUCUACGCAGGACUCAAGGCUGCCAAAGAAGAAUGGUCCCAGACCCUCUGGAUCAACCUGAACGUGCAGUUUCUUCAGGAAGGAAUUGAAGGUUUCCUCAAGAACCUCCGGAAGCUCCCCCGGCAGGUCCGGAGCCUAUCAGUAGCCUACCACCUGGAGAUGAAGAUGAAGGCAUUCAAAGACUCGAUCCCUCUACUCCUCGACUUGAAACACGAGGCUCUGAGAGACAGGCACUGGAAAGAUCUUAUGGAAAAAACAGGCAUAUUUUUUGAAAUGACAGAGACAUUCACCUUGGAGAACAUGUUUGCCAUGGAGCUGCACAAGCACGCAGAUGUCCUCAAUGAGAUUGUGACCUCGGCAGUCAAGGAAAUCACCAUCGAGAAGGCUGUGAAGGAAAUCCUGGACACGUGGGAAAAUAUGAAGUUCACUGUGGUCAAGUAUUACAAAGGCACCCAGGAGCGAGGCUACAUCUUGGGGUCUGUCGACGAAAUCAUCCAGUGCCUGGAUGACAAUACUUUCAACCUGCAGAGCAUCGCAGGGAGCAGAUUUGUGGGGCCUUUCCUGCAGACCGUUCACAAAUGGGAGAAGACCCUGUCUCUGAUAGGGGAGGUCAUCGAGAUUUGGAUGCUGGUCCAGAGAAAAUGGAUGUACCUGGAAAGCAUCUUCAUUGGGGGGGACAUCAGAUCACAGCUUCCAGAAGAGGCGAAGAAGUUUGACAACAUUGACAGAGUCUUUAAAAGGAUCAUGGGUGAGACCCUCAAAGACCCCGUGAUCAAGCGCAGCUGUGAGGCCCCCAACCGCCUGACGGACCUGCAGUACAUCAGUGAGGGCCUGGAGAAGUGCCAGAAGAGCCUCAAUGACUACCUGGACUCCAAGAGAAACGCCUUCCCCAGGUUCUUCUUCAUCUCCGACGACGAACUGCUCAGCAUCCUGGGCAACAGUGACCCUCUCUGCGUGCAGGAACACAUGAUCAAGAUGUAUGACAACAUCGCCGCCCUGAGGUUUCAUGACGGGGACAGUGGAGAAAAACUCGUGUCCGCCAUGAUCUCGGCUGAAGGGGAAGUCAUGGAGUUCAGGAAGAUCAUCCGGGCUGAGGGCCGUGUGGAGGACUGGAUGACGGCGGUUUUGCAUGAAAUGCGGAGAACCAACAGGCUGAUCACCAAGGAGGCUAUUUUCCGAUACUGUGAAGACAACAGCAGGGUCGACUGGAUGCUCCUGUAUCAGGGGAUGGUGGUGCUGGCCGCCAGCCAGGUGUGGUGGACCUGGGAGGUGGAAGAUGUCUUCCGGAAGGUGCAUCAUGGUGAGAAGCAGGCCAUGAAGGAGUAUGGCAAGAAGAUGCACCAGCAGAUUGACGAGCUGGUCACUCGCAUCACCUGGAAUCUCAGCAAAAACGACCGGAAGAAGUACAACACAGUUCUCAUCAUCGACGUGCACGCCAGGGACAUUGUCGAUUCUUUUAUAAGGGGCAGCAUUCUCGAGGCCCGUGAGUUCGAGUGGGAGAGUCAGCUGCGUUUCUACUGGGACCGGGAGCCAGACGAGCUGAACAUCCGGCAGUGCACGGGCACCUUCGGCUAUGGCUACGAGUAUAUGGGCUUGAACGGGAGGCUGGUCAUCACGCCGCUCACAGACCGGAUCUACCUGACCCUCACUCAGGCUCUGUCCAUGUACCUGGGUGGGGCCCCCGCUGGCCCGGCAGGGACUGGCAAAACCGAGACCACCAAGGACCUUGCCAAAGCCUUGGGCCUGCUCUGUGUUGUGACCAAUUGUGGAGAAGGCAUGGAUUACAAGGCGGUGGGGAAGAUUUUCUCUGGCCUGGCCCAGUGCGGGGCUUGGGGCUGCUUUGACGAGUUUAAUCGGAUCGACGCUUCAGUGCUCUCAGUGAUCUCCUCUCAGAUUCAGACAAUCCGAAACGCUUUGAUGCAUCAGCUGACCACGUUCCAGUUCGAAGGACAGGAGAUCUCCCUGGACUCGAGAAUGGGCAUCUUCAUCACCAUGAACCCCGGCUACGCGGGCCGCACGGAGCUGCCCGAGUCGGUGAAGGCGCUCUUCCGGCCGGUGGUGGUGAUCGUGCCCGACCUGCAGCAGAUCUGCGAGAUCAUGCUCUUCUCUGAGGGCUUCCUCUGGGCCAAGACGCUGGCCAAAAAGAUGACAGUUCUGUAUAAGCUGGCUCGGGAGCAGCUCUCCAAACAGCAUCACUAUGAUUUUGGACUCCGAGCGCUGAAGUCAGUGUUGGUGAUGGCUGGGGAGCUGAAGAGGGGCUCCCCUGAACUGAAAGAGGACGUGGUGCUGAUGAGGGCGCUUCGGGACAUGAACCUGCCCAAGUUUGUGUUCGAAGACGUCCCUCUUUUCCUCGGUUUGAUUUCUGAUCUGUUCCCGGGGCUAGACUGCCCGCGCGUUCGCUACCCCGAUUUCAAUGAUGCUGUGGAGCAGGUGCUGGAGGAGAAUGGCUACAUCGUCCUCCCCAUCCAGGUGGAUAAGGUGGUUCAGAUGUUCGAGACCAUGCUAACCCGCCACACAACGAUGGUGGUGGGGCCUACAGGAGGGGGAAAGUCUGUGGUCAUUAACACUCUGUGCCAGGCCCAGACCAAACUUGGAACGAUGACAAAGUUGUAUAUCCUGAACCCCAAAGCUGUGAGUGUGAUAGAACUCUAUGGCAUCCUGGACCCCACCACCCGAGACUGGACAGAUGGGGUGCUGUCAAACAUUUUUAGGGAGAUCAACAGGCCGACAGAUAAGAAGGAGCGGAAGUAUAUUUUAUUUGAUGGUGACGUAGAUGCUCUGUGGGUGGAAAACAUGAAUUCUGUGAUGGAUGACAACAAGCUGUUGACCCUGGCCAAUGGUGAGCGUAUUCGACUUCAAGCACACUGUGCUCUUCUCUUUGAGGUUGGAGACUUACAGUAUGCCUCCCCUGCAACCGUGUCUCGAUGUGGAAUGGUUUAUGUGGAUCCUAAAAACUUGAAAUAUCAACCAUACUGGAAAAAAUGGGUUAAUGGGAUACAGAGUAAGAUGGAGCAAAAUUACUUAAAUACUCUUUUUGAGAAAUAUGUGCCCUAUCUCAUUGACAUGAUUGUGGAAGGAAUAGUGGAUGGCAGACAAGGAGAGAAACUGAAGACCAUAGUUCCUCAGACAGACCUAAACAUGGUGACUCAGUUAACCAAGAUGUUGGAUGCCUUCCUGGAAGGAGAAAUGGAGGACAUUGAUCUCCUGGAGUGCUACUUCCUAGAGGCCCUGUACUGCUCUCUGGGGGCAGCCCUGCUGGAGGAUGGGAGGAUAAAAUUUGAUGAAUGUAUUAAGCGUGUAGCUUCUUUGCCCACUGUUGAUACAGAAGAUGUCUGGGCCCGGCCUGGGGAGUUGCCAGGUCACCUUCCAACCCUGUACGACUUUCAUUUUGAUUCCAUGCAGAAGAAAUGGAUACCAUGGAAUAAGUUAGUCCCAGAGUAUGUCCACCUCCCUGAGAGGAAAUUUAUUGACAUCCUGGUUCACACCGUGGACACCACCCGCAUCACCUGGAUGCUGGAGCAGAUGGUGAAGAUCAAGCAGCCCGUCAUUCUGGUCGGGGAGUCUGGCACCUCCAAGACGGCCACCACCCAGAACUUCCUCAAAGGCCAGAAUGAAGAGAUUAAACUUGUGCUGAUGGUCAACUUCUCCUCCCGCACCACGUCCUUGGAUAUCCAAAGAAGCCUGGAAGCAAGCGUGGAAAAACGGACCAAAGACACGUACGGCCCCCCCAUGGGAAAACGCCUCCUGGUGUUCAUGGAUGACAUGAACAUGCCGAAGGUGGAUGAGUACGGCACACAGCAGCCAAUUGCCCUGCUGAAGCUGCUUUUGGAAAAAGGCUACCUGUACGACCGGGGGAAGGAGCUGAACUGCAAAAACAUUCGGGACCUGGACUUUAUUGCUGCCAUGGGCAAAGCUGGCGGAGGCCGCAACGAGGUGGACCCGCGGUUCCUCUCCCUGUUCAACGUCUUCAAUGUUCUGUUUCCUUCCGAGGAGUCGCUGCAGUUAAUUUACUCCUCUAUCCUGAAAGGCCAUACCUCGGUAUUCAACGAGAGCAUCCUGGCUGUGAGUGACAAGUUGACUUCCUGCACAUUAGAGCUUUACAAAAGCAUAGUUCAGGACCUUCCUCCCACACCGUCCAAGUUUCACUACAUCUUUAACCUCCGAGACCUCUCCCGGGUUUUUAACGGCCUAGUUCUCACUAACCCAGAGCGGUUCCAGCUGGUGACCCAGAUGGUGAGGGUCUGGAGGAACGAGUGUCUGAGAGUCUUCCACGACCGGCUAAUCAAUGAGACAGACAAGCAGUUGGUACAAGAUCAUAUAGCAGCCCUGGUCAUGGAUCAUUUCACAGACGACCUGGAUGCGGUGAUGAGGGAUCCCAUCCUGUUUGGAGACUUCCGCAUGGCACUGCACGAAGAGGAGACUCGAGUCUAUGAAGACAUCCAGGAUUACGAAGCAGCCAAGGCUCUGUUCCAGGAAAUCCUCGAGGAGUAUAAUGAAAGCAACACCAAAAUGAACUUGGUUCUGUUUGACGAUGCCCUGGAGCACCUGACCCGCGUGCACCGCAUCAUUCGCAUGAACCGAGGCCACGCGCUGCUGGUGGGCGUCGGCGGCUCAGGGAAGCAGUCACUUGCCCGGCUGGCCGCCUUCACGGCCGGCUGUGAGGUGUUCGAGAUCCUUCUAAGCCGGGGCUACUCAGAGACCAAUUUCCGGGAUGAUCUGAAGAGCCUUUACCAGAAGUUGGGGCUCGAGAACAAAGCCAUGAUCUUCCUGUUCACGGAUGCGCACGUGGCGGAGGAGGGCUUCCUGGAGCUGAUCAACAACAUGUUGACCUCAGGAAUCGUACCCGCGCUUUUCCAGGAAGACGAAAAGGAAUCCAUCCUUGGUCAGAUUGGGCCAGAGGCUGUGAAGCAAGGGGUCGGGCCAGCUAAGGAGUCCGUGUGGCAGUAUUUCGUGAACAAGAGCGCCAACAACCUGCACAUCGUCCUGGGCAUGUCGCCAGUGGGGGACACGCUGAGGACCCGAUGCAGGAAUUUCCCAGGUCUAGUAAAUAACACAGGUAUUGACUGGUUCAUGCCCUGGCCUCCCCAAGCCCUGCAUGCUGUCGCAAAGUCAUUUUUAGGGAAUAACUUAAUGAUCCCAGCAGAGAACAUAGAGGAUGUGGUAGAGCACGUGGUUUUGGUCCACCAGUCGGUAGAUGAAUUCAGCAAGCUGUUUCUGCAGAAGUUGAGACGCAGCAACUAUGUAACUCCCAAGAAUUAUCUGGACUUCAUCAACACCUACUCAAAGCUACUGGACGAGAAAACGCAGUACAACAUAGCACAGUGCAAGCGCCUGGAAGGUGGGCUGGACAAGCUCAAGGAGGCCACCAUCCAGCUGGACGAGCUGAACCAGAAGCUGGCCGAGCAGAAGAUUGUGCUGGCCGAGAAGUCAGCUGCCUGUGAGGCGCUGCUGCAGGAAAUUGCCACCAACACGGCCAUAGCUGAGGAAAAGAAGAAACUUGCGGAAGAAAAAGCCAUCGAGAUUGAGGAGCAGAACAAGAUCAUCGCGGUGGAGAAGGCCGAGGCCGAGACAGCCCUGGCCGAGGUCAUGCCCAUCCUGGAGGCCGCCAAGCUGGAGCUACAGAAGCUAGACAAGUCCGACGUGACAGAGAUCAGGUCCUUCGCCAAGCCUCCUAAGCAGGUGCAGACGGUGUGUGAGUGCAUCCUCAUCAUGAAGGGCUACAAGGAGCUCAACUGGAAAACGGCCAAGGGCAUGAUGUCCGACCCCAACUUCCUGCGCUCGCUCAUGGAGAUCGACUUCGACUCCAUCUCCCAGAGCCAAGUGAAGAACAUCCGAGGCCUCUUGAAGACUCUCAACACUACCACAGAAGAGAUGGAAGCUGUGAGCAAGGCGGGCCUGGGGAUGCUCAAGUUCGUUGAGGCUGUGAUGGGUUACUGUGAUGUCUUUAAAGAAAUCAAGCCCAAGAGAGAAAAGGUGGCCAGGCUGGAGCGGAACUUCUACCUGACCAAGCGCGAGCUGGAGAGGAUCCAGAACGAGCUGGCUGCCAUCCAGAGGGAGCUGGAAGCGCUGGGGGCCAAGUACGAGGCGGCCAUCCUGGAGAAGCAGAAACUGCAGGAGGAGGCAGAGAUCAUGGAGCGUAGGCUCAUCGCCGCCGACAAGCUCAUCUCGGGCUUGGGUUCUGAGAACGUCAGGUGGCUCAAGGACCUGGGGGAGCUGAUGCAUAGGCGGGUGAAGCUGCUGGGUGACUGCCUGCUGUGUUCCGCCUUCCUGAGCUACGAGGGCGCCUUCACCUGGGAGUUCCGCAAGGACAUGGUCCACCAGGUGUGGCAGAAUGACAUUCUGGACCGGGGCAUCCCGCUCAGUCAGCCCUUUCGGCUGGAAAGCCUGCUCACAGAUGAUGUGGAGAUCAGCAGGUGGGGUUCACAGGGCCUGCCCCCCGAUGAGCUCUCGGUGCAGAAUGGCAUCCUCACUACCCGGGCCAGCCGCUUCCCCCUCUGCAUCGACCCCCAGCAGCAGGCGCUCAACUGGAUCAAGAGGAAGGAGGAGAGGAACAACCUGCGGGUGGCCUCUUUCAAUGACCCUGACUUCCUGAAGCAGCUGGAGAUGGCUAUCAAGUACGGGACCCCCUUCCUAUUCCACGACGUGGACGAGUACAUUGACCCCGUGAUUGACAACGUACUAGAAAAGAACAUCAAGGUCUCACAGGGCCGCCAGUUCAUCAUCUUGGGAGACAAAGAGGUAGACUACGACUCCAACUUCCGGCUUUACCUCAACACCAAGCUGGCCAACCCCAGAUACUCGCCCUCCGUGUUCGGGAAAGCCAUGGUGAUCAACUACACCGUCACACUGAAAGGCCUGGAGGACCAGCUGCUGAGUGUGCUGGUUGCCUAUGAGCGGCGGGAGCUGGAGGAGCAGCGGGAGCACCUCAUCCAGGAGACGAGCGAGAACAAGAACCUGCUCAAGGACCUGGAGGACUCCCUGCUCCGGGAGCUGGCCACCUCCACGGGCAACAUGCUAGACAAUGUGGAGCUGGUGCACACGCUGGAGGAGACCAAGUCCAAGGCCACGGAGGUCUCAGAGAAGCUCAAGCUGGCGGAGAAGACCGCCCUGGACAUCGAUCGGCUGCGGGACGGCUACCGGCCAGCAGCGCGCAGGGGCGCCAUCCUGUUCUUUGUGCUGUCGGAGAUGGCCCUGGUGAACUCCAUGUACCAGUACUCCCUCACCGCCUUCCUGGAUGUCUUCGGCUUGUCCCUCAAGAAGUCGCUGCCCGACUCCAUUCUCGUGAAGCGCCUGCGCAACAUCAUGGACACGCUGACCUUCAACAUCUAUAACUACGGCUGCACGGGGUUGUUUGAAAAGCACAAGCUCCUCUUUUCUUUCAACAUGACUAUCAAGAUAGAACAAGCAGAAGGGAGAGUCCCCCAAGAAGAACUAGAUUUCUUUUUAAAAGGAAAUAUCUCCCUGGAGAAAAGCAAACGGAAAAAGCCCUGCGCCUGGUUGUCUGACCAGGGUUGGGAAGAUAUCAUCCUUCUAUCAGAAUUAUUCACAGAGGACUUUGGGAAUCUUCCUGAUGAUGUUGAGAAGAAUCUGUCCAUGUGGCAGGAGUGGUAUGACCUGGAUUCGCUCGAGCAGUUCCCAUUCCCGCUGGGCUAUGACAAAAACAUCACCCCUUUCCAGAAGUUGCUCAUCUUGCGCUGUUUCCGUGUGGACCGUGUGUACCGGGCAGUGACAGACUAUGUGACCGUGACAAUGGGAGAGAAGUAUGUGCAGCCACCGAUGAUCAGCUUUGAAGCCAUCUUUGAGCAGAGCACACCCAACUCGCCCAUCGUGUUCAUCCUGAGCCCUGGAUCGGACCCGGCCAGUGACCUCAUGAAACUGGCCGAGCGGAGUGGCUUUGGAGGAAACCGCCUCAAAUUCCUGGCCAUGGGUCAAGGCCAAGAAAAGCUGGCUCUGCAGCUGCUGGAGACAGCGGUGGCUCGGGGACAGUGGCUGAUGCUGCAGAAUUGCCACCUCCUGGUCAAGUGGCUGAAGGAUCUGGAGAAGUCCCUGGAGAGGAUCACCAAACCCCAUCCCGACUUCCGCCUGUGGCUCACCACGGACCCCACCAAGGGCUUCCCCAUUGGGAUCCUGCAGAAAUCCCUGAAGGUGGUCACAGAGCCCCCCAAUGGGCUGAAGCUCAACAUGAGGGCGACCUACUUCAAGAUCUCUCACGAAAUGCUGAACCAGUGUCCACACCCGGCCUUCAAGUCGCUGGUGUACGUGCUGGCAUUCUUCCACGCUGUGGUGCUGGAGAGGCGCAAGUUUGGCAAGAUCGGCUGGAAUGUGUACUACGACUUCAAUGAGUCUGACUUCCAGGUAUGCAUGGAGAUUCUCAGCACCUACUUGACAAAGGCCUUCCAGCAGCAAGACCCUCGGAUCCCGUGGGGCAGCCUCAAGUACCUCAUCGGAGAGGUCAUGUAUGGAGGACGCGCCAUCGACAGCUUUGACCGCCGCAUCCUGACCAUCUACAUGGACGAGUACCUGGGAGACUUCCUUUUUGAUACUUUCCAGCCGUUCCACUUCUUCCACAACAAGGAAGUGGACUACAAAAUCCCCAGUGGCGACGAAAAGGAGAAAUUUGUCGAAGCCAUCGAGGCCCUGCCGCUUGCCAACACGCCCGAAGUGUUUGGUCUGCACUCCAAUGCGGAGAUCGGCUACUACACGCAGGCGGCGCGGGACAUGUGGGCUCACCUGCUGGAGCUGCAGCCACAGACAGGGGAGUCCAGCAGCGGCAUCAGCCGGGACGACUACAUUGGCAGUGUGGCCAAGGACAUUGAGAACAAGAUGCCCAAGGUCUUCGACUUGGACCAGGUCCGGAAGCACCUGGGCUUCAGCAUCUCGCCCACGUCGGUGGUGCUGCUGCAGGAGCUCGAGCGAUUCAACAAGCUGGUCGUGCGCAUGACCAAGUCCCUGGCUGAGCUGCAGAGGGCCCUGGCAGGAGAGGUUGGCAUGAGCAGUGAACUCGACGACGUGGCCAGGGCCCUUUUCAUUGGCCAGAUCCCUAACAUCUGGAGGAAGCUCGCACCCGACACCCUCAAGUCCCUGGGAAACUGGAUGGUCUACUUCCUGCGGCGCUUCAGCCAGUAUACGCAGUGGGUCACAGAUGGUGAGCCUGGUGUCAUGUGGCUCUCAGGGCUGCACAUCCCAGAGUCCUACCUCACGGCCCUGGUGCAGGCCACCUGUCGCAGGAAUGGCUGGCCGUUGGACCGCUCCACCCUCUUCACACACGUCACUAAGUUCCAAGAUGCAGAGGAGGUCAAUGAGCGGGCAGGGCAAGGGUGCUUCGUCUCGGGACUGUACCUCGAGGGUGCCGACUGGGACCUGGAGAGAGGGUGUCUCGUUAAGAGCAAACCUAAGGUGCUGGUUGUGGAUCUGCCCAUCCUGAAGAUCAUCCCCAUCGAAGCACACCGCCUCAAACUGCAGAACACCUUCCGGACGCCUGUCUACACCACCUCCACCAGAAGGAACGCCAUGGGAGUCGGCUUGGUUUUUGAAGCCGACCUCUUCACCACGAAGCACAUUUCUCACUGGGUAUUGCAGGGAGUGUGUCUCACCCUGAAUUCUGACUAACCCCUUCAGCAGAGCAGGGUGCAGAAGGGUCUCUCAGGGACUGACUGCAUCAAGGUCAUUCCGUGGACCUCUCAAGGGGAAGGGAAGGGGUGACACGGGUCUGCCUUCCAUUUGAAAUGGGGCUAUUUUUAUCUUAAGAUAAAUUAACCUGAGUGUUUUAAGUAUUAUUUUAAAAGGAUUCUGUAUAUUCAGAAAGUAAAUACCAGAGGCUUUUUAA